AUGGAUUCUAAUAUUACUAGAAAUUUGCAUAUAGCAACAAAUGAUCCCGAAUUGCAGAUGUAUCACAAUUUUGGCUUCUUAGAGGACGAGAUUAACAAAGACAAAGCAAUAAAUGGAAUUUAUGUGAUCGAAGGCUAUAACAUCGAUAAAGAUGGAAGAAAUGGACUUGGUAAGGGCCCUGCUCUCGAAGACAGUUCCACCACUUCAGACAGUGCCAACGAAACCAAAGUUGAUCUCUUGGAAUUCAUCCGGAAGUCUUUCAGACGCAAAAGAAGAUUAAGUGCCGGUGAUAAGCCAUACGGAUUGAGUCAGAAGCAUUCAAAUUCUGACAAUGUUCAAGACACACAAGCUGGCGAUGAUGAUGCUGUUGAUGAUAAAGUUCUACUGGGACGUGCUGGUGUUCGUAGUUCAUCUCAUCUUGUUCAUCCUAGAAGAAGCAUCAGAUUGACUCAAGUUGCUCCAUCUAACAGUAGUAUAUUUCCAGGUCAGUACGUAAAAGAUAUCUGUCCACGCUAA